UCCUUUCGAAGGCUACUGCGGUAGUACUCAUGUGUGGUUUUGAGCUAUGUCAGUGCGCAAGUACGUGGCCGUCCAUCCGUCAUUUGGAUCUUCGGGGUAGCUCCGGUAGUGGUAUCUUUGGCAAGUUGUCACGCGUUCGUUCCGUGCUCUCAUGUGUUCCGAGUUCCGCAUUGUGUCACGCGACUGUUGCUCGUGUGCCUCGGUGUUUGUGAUGCGCCCUGGUGCCCUCUCUCUUCCGUUGCUUGUGUCUACGAGGACGAGCAAUAAAACGACUUCACCAUCUCUUCACAUUGUCAACCGGGACAGCCGUGCUUAUCCAGCAGCACUCGGUCUAGUGCGGGAGACACACAACAUGUCUACGAAAGGCCCUGGUAACUUUGGCGGGGGCGAGGCCGGCCCGACUCACGCGGAGCUUAGGACGGCCAUCGACGACGCCGUGGGCGACGCCAGCACCAGACUGGAGAAGAUGGUGACGGAGAAAAUGGAGGGCAUCAUGGACACCUUGCCACGGUUAGUGCCCGGGGCACCGCCCGCCGGAAGUGCGACCGCAGCGGGCGGCGGGGGGGAGUCACUGGGGAGGACGCACGCCUUCCCUGGCGCGGGUCAGCUGGACCAAGCGUCGAAUACCGAACGAGGGCUCGAGGGAGCGAGAGGACUGCGAGGCCCGGAACCACGAGAGCCUUCGCCACCCGAGGGGGCUUACUCGCGAGAAGGAGUCAGCAGAGAGGAGCAAGCUUCACGGUAUGCUUUCAGCUCGCAUGCCCGGAUGUCACGCCUUAAACAGUUGGACUUUGACGGAGACAAAAAGAACUGGCUGAUGUUUCGAAACGAUUUCAUUACGCAGGUGCAGACUUGUGGAAUGGGUCGUGCCUUGAGUGACAAAAGGGACAUUGUGGUUCUAGGCGUAGACGAUGAUGGCAUGGUAGAGCAGGGAGUGGAAGUAGGGGAGAUAGCCAUGUACCGGAAUCUGUGGGGGAUGCUGACCGGAGCGAUCUCCAACAUUUCCACGAAAAUGCUGGUUUACGAUCGCAAGGGGCCCUCGGCAGCGUGGCGUGGGUUGGAAGAAACAUUUACCCCGUCAACCCGCGGCGAGCAGAUCUCGCUGAUCGGUAAGUUUUACAACGCCCAACAGGGGAAGAACCAGGACCCCCGCGUGUUUUUCCAGGAGUUCCAAUCCGUAGUGACCAACCUAGAGCUGGCAUUUGACCAACGCAUCCACACAAUGCUCGUAUAUGCACGGUUCCUCGAUGCGCUUUCGCCGGAAUUUGAGAUUCAAAAGCAACAGCUGCUUACCCAGAAAACACUCGAUGAGAAAGAGAUUUUGAGAGUGCUACGCACACGGGCUUGGCAACUGAAAGCGGAGGAAAAGAAGGGGAAGAGUGAUCGCCGAGCGAAUCAUCAUGCGUUCGUAGCAGUAGAGGGGAAGGGGGGAGGCAAAAAACGGUCGAAACAGAACCGAGGUGACGAAGAGGCGAAUUCAGCCAGCGACAAGCAAGUCAAGUGCUACGUCUGUGAUGGGGACCACUAUGCGAGUGCAUGCCCAGAGAAGCUUUGCUAG